CUUUUUACCUUUCACAGCUUUUGCUAGCUUCCCAAUUAAAAGGUGACAGUUCUGCACAAGCCCAUUCCUGUUUAAAAAUGUCCUUGCCGCUUACGGAGGAGCAGAAGAAAAAGAUCGAAGAGAACCGGCAGAAGGCGCUGGCCCGCCGAGCUGAGAAGUUACCAGCAGCACAGCCCCAGAGCACAGCGGCAGGCUCCAUCGUGGCCGGCCCUUCCUGCUCCACGCAGGGCCCUUGCCUGAGUUUCCCAGCAGAGCCUUCAAAACUGGUGGGCCAUGCUGCCCCUCUCAAGCAACAGAAUCCCCACCAUUCAUUUCCUGCUGAAGAAAGACCUCACAGUUCCCACCACUUUCAGCCCGGCACCCCAGAGCAGGCAAAGGGCCUAUGGAAGAUCCAAGGAGAGAGGUCCACAGACUGCCCCAGCCCUCAUCCAACUCCUCCAGAUGGCUUCAACCAACAGCUCUUGGGUUAUAAGUCCGGUCAGGGUCCUCCCCAGGCAAUCCAGGAGCCUUCGGCUAAAGCACAGAGUUCCCAGGACACAGCAGCUUCCUCCUCGGGCCCACGUCUCAUGGAUCCUGAGUUUGAGGCCAAGACAGCAAGGCCCUCCACCUCAGGGCAGAACAUUUCCAACACCUGUUAUGCCUUCGGGGCAAAACCACCUAGGACAGAAGGGAGAUCCCCAAAUAAUGUGCAAACCACACCCCAAAAUGUAAGCUGUCAACAGGGAACAUGCGAACAGACUGGAGACCGUUUUCGGGUAAAGAUUGGCUACAACAAAGAGCUCAUUGCUGUGUUUAAGUCCCUGCCCAGCAGACUGUACGAUCCUUUUACCAAGACAUGGGAAUUCAGCAUGACCGACUACAGAGCCUUGAUGAAAGCAGCUGCGCAGAUCCCCACGGUCUCCCUGCAGCCAUUGGAAAAUGUUGAUCUCACUGUCCGGGGACAGAGCAGCCUUCCCUCAGCUCCAUCCCUCACCUUUGUCACAGGGAGAUGCGUGGUCAUCUCCCGGGCCCGCUUCGAGGUUGACAUCGGCUACUCACAGGUGCUGAUCGCCCUGUUUAAACAGAUGGAUUCCAAGAUUUACGAUGUCAAGACCAGGAAGUGGAACUUUCUCUUGGAAGAGCACAAUAAACUAAUUGCAAGGUCACGUGACCUCCCGCAAGUUAAGCUGGAGCCUCUGCCCAAGACAGUGACCCUGGCGUUCGCAUCUCAGCUGGAGAAGACAUCUCUCAAUCCGAAAGCAGAUGUGCCAGACGUUGACCUCUCUGGAGUGGAUGCCAAGCUCGUGGCUAACCUCAUGCCCUUUCAGAGAGAGGGAGUCAGCUUUGCCAUAUCAAAAAGGGGCCGCCUGCUGCUUGCCGAUGACAUGGGCCUGGGGAAGACCAUCCAAGCUAUCUGCAUAGCAGCCUUUUACCGCAAGGAAUGGCCCCUCCUGGUGGUCGUGCCUUCCUCUGUGCGCUUCACCUGGGAGCAGGCCUUUCUUCAGUGGCUGCCCUCUCUGAGCCCAGAGAGCAUCAACGUGGUGGUGACAGGGAAGGGCCGCAUAACAGCUGGCUUGGUCAACAUUGUCAGUUUUGACCUUCUUACCAAGUUGGAGAGGCAGAUAAAAACCCCUUUCAAAGUCGUCAUUAUUGAUGAAUCACACUUCCUCAAAAACAUUAAGACUGCCCGCUGCCGAGCAGCUGUGCCCAUCCUAAAGGUGGCCAAGAGGGUGAUCCUACUGUCGGGCACGCCAGCCAUGUCCCGGCCUGCAGAGCUUUACACACAGAUCAUCGCUGUCAAGCCGACGUUCUUCCCUCAGUUUCAUGCCUUCGGACUUCGCUACUGUGACGCCAAGAGGCUCCCUUGGGGCUGGGACUACUCAGGCUCCUCCAACCUGGGCGAGCUGAAGCUGCUGCUGGAGGAGGCCAUCAUGCUGAGGCGGCUCAAAUCGGAUGUCCUUUCCCAGCUCCCAGCCAAGCAACGCAAGAUGGUGGUGGUCAACCCUGGUCGCAUCAGCACGAGGGCUAAAGCGGCCCUGGAAGCUGCAGCCAAGGAAAUGACUAAGGACAAGACUAAACAGCAGCAGAAAGAAGCCCUCAUUGUCUUCUUCAACAGAACGGCAGAAGCUAAAAUCCCAUGUGUCAUUGAAUAUAUCCUGGACCUUUUGGAGAGUGGACGAGAGAAGUUUCUAGUGUUUGCACACCAUAAGGUGGUUCUGGAUGCAGUUGCUAAGGAACUUGAGAGGAAGCAAGUUCAGCUCAUCCGAAUUGAUGGCUCCACCCCCUCAGCAGAACGCGAGGAUCUAUGCCAGCAGUUCCAGCUGUCCAAAGGGCACGCCGUGGCAGUGCUGUCCAUCACUGCUGCCAACAUGGGCCUCACCUUCUCCUCAGCUGAUCUGGUGGUGUUUGCCGAGCUGUUUUGGAACCCAGGGAUACUGAUCCAGGCCGAGGACCGAGUGCACCGCAUUGGACAGACAAGCUCGGUGGGCAUUCACUACCUCGUGGCAAAAGACACAGCAGAUGACUAUCUAUGGCCUAUGAUUCAAGAGAAGAUUAAAGUUCUGGGGGAAGCCGGGGUUUCUGAAACCAAUUUCACAGAAAUGACGGAAGCUACUGAUUACAUCUACAAGGACCCAAAGCAGAAGACCAUCUACGACCUGUUCCAGCAGUCCUUUGAAGACGAUGGAAAUGACAUGGAACUUCUAGAGGCGGCAGAGUCCUUUGAACUAGGAAGUAUUUCAGGAAUCUCUGGAAGUAGUUCUCAGGAUCUGGGGGACCUCCUGGAUGAAGGCACUUUAGAAAACAGUCCACCAAAGAAAAGGAGAUUUGAUUUUUUUGAUAAUUGGGACAGCUUUACCUCUCCCUUUUGAAAAGAUGAAAGAAAGGAAAGAACAAAAGGAAACAUCCAAAAAUCAUGGGAAUCAUUGAAAUAAAGUAUUU